UUGGAUCUUUCCAACAACAAACUGUCUGGUACAACACCAGAAUCUCUUCAGAAUCUAACGGUACUGACCAUUCUAAAUGUAUCAUUCAAUUUGUUGAAAGGAGAAAUUCCUAAAGCAGGACCAUUUACAAAGCUCACGGCGUCAUCAUUCAGAGGAAACCCUGAACUCUGUGGGCAAUGGAUAUUUUCAUUACCAGCAUGUCCAAGUGCAGGAUCAUCUGGAUGCCUCUCGAACUUCCAUAAAUUGUUUAAAUACAUCACUUUUGUUAUCUCCUUUCUAGUUGUAUACUGCUUGUAUGUUUCACUUUUGUACAGAUAUUUCUUUGGGAAGGGAAAUGUGGAACAACCAUCAAUAGAGUUUCCACAUCCUAGAAUCUCAUAUAAGGAGCUCAGUACUGCAACUAAUGGAUUUGGCAAGGGCAACUUGCUAGGAGUUGGUGGUGUUGGCUCUGUAUAUAAAGGAGUUUUGGAUAAUGGAACAUUGAUAGCUGUUAAGGCUCUCAAUUUGGAGGAUGAAGCAGCUCAUAAAAGUUUCAACAUUGAAUGCCAAGUGCUUGGUAAAACCAGACACCGAAAUAUAAUAAAACUCAUAACUUCAUGCUCUAAUCUUGACUUCAAAGGUUUGGUUUUUGAGUUCAUGUCUAAUGGAAGCCUGGAAAGGCAUUUGCAUUGUGAUACUGGCAAGUGUAAUAUUGGGGGUGUCUGUAAAAUGGAUUUACAGACAAGAGUACAGAUAGCCAUGGACGUUGCCCGUGGCUUGGCAUAUCUCCAUCAUGAUUGUUCAAUUCAAGUUGUUCAUUGUGAUUUGAAGCCCAACAACAUACUUCUGGACUUCUAUAUGACAGCACAUAUAGCUGAUUUUGGAAACGCUCAUAUACUAUAUGAAAAUUCAAUGCAUUCAUCUUCAUCAUCAACAACACUGAAAGGUGCUCUAGGCUACAUUGCCCCUGAGUAUGGAGUUGGUGCAAGGAUUUCCGUGAAGGGAGAUGUUUACAGCUAUGGAAUUCUACUAUUGGAGAUGUUAACAAGAAAGAGGCCAACCCACCAGAUGUUUGUUGAUGGACUCAGCUUGCGCAUGUGGGUUAGUAUGGCUUUCCCUGAUCGGAUUUCAGAGGUGGUUGAUGAUAGCUUGCUCUUGUGCAAUGGAGGUGUUACAGUUUCUACAUGCAAUUGUCUUAUUCAACUGAUUCGAGUUGCCUUGUUGUGCUCAAAAGAUUCGCCUAAAGACCGACCGAGCAUGGUAGAAGUUGUCGAGUUGUUGGAAUGUAUUGAGGACAUGUUUGAAGGGAGGAGAAUAGAAUCUAAAUAUCAAUCUGAUCUGUAUCAAAUGGUAAGCAGCACAAGAUGGGCAGGAAAUCUAGAUAAGGUAGGAAAGGGUCAGAGCACUUCCACAUUGCUGUCGACUUUUUAAAUUAUGAUGUAAAUUGUUCACCUCCGAAUCAGGGAAACUGACUUGCAAUUUUUCAAUAAUAUUCUGUGGAAGGGAUUACAAAUGCCAAUUAAAAGCUUGAUUAUUAUUUUUUUUCUAUCUUGGAGAGUUCAAUUAGAAAUUUUCUGUAGCCUGGAAAUCUAGUGAAGCUAUAUUUAGGAAUGCAUAAAUGGGGCAAAAUUUCGACAGUUUGUAAUUAAUCCUAUUUCCGAUCUAAACAGAAUAUUAACUGUGCUGUGUGUUCAUUAUU